GCAAAAGCUACGAUCUGUGCGGUUCUGCUUACCAUCGCCUUAGUGAGAGUGAUCCAUCAAUCGUGAGUAUUAUUCACCUCAUAAGCAUUUACUGAGAACCGAAUAUUGGCAUCUUACGAUGGAACUAGAAGAAACGUCCGCAGAGAUUUUGACAAAACAUCGCUUGCAUAUCAUACAACAUCUUCAGAUGGAUCGAACGUUUCUGUUCGACUACCUAAUCAGCAAAUCUUCCUUUGACAAGGCAGACUUUGAGUUGAUUCAAGCCGAGAAGACGAGCGAGUCAAAGGCUGGCAGGUUCUUAGAUAUUCUAGAAAUGAAGGGACAGAAGGCAUUUUGCCACUUUAUAGACGCCUUGCAGAUUCUCAACCCAAGCCUGUAUGAAAUGGUGACGGGGGAAAGUGCAACAAAAAGUAAGUAGUUUUGUUGCAUUAGAGAUAUAAACGACCAAACUGGUUUUUACUAUCUCUCCAACCACUUUUAUGUUGUAAAUAAAGCCCGAACGAUCUGGUCGCGUAAAGAAAUCACUGGCGAACCUGUUGAAUGCAGACAUGGCGAUAUCAAUUAAUAGGGGUUGCCUAAUCGAUUCAAACGUCAGGUUUAGCAAACAUGCCGUAAAAAUGAAAUUCAAAGGUUUACAUUUUCAGCGAAUAAUCCAGUGAUAUAAGCUGAAGAUAGAACCACUUUAAUUGCGUUAACGUCAUAAUCACCAAACAGGAAGUUUCCUAAAUCAGAGACGAGCUGAUUGUUGAAACGUAGGAACGUUUGCCAUUUGAUAGUUUUCAAAUGUAAAUUCAGAAAACUCGGAUUUUGAUAACAUUUACAUUCAAAUUUUGUUCAUUCCCGGACAGUUUCCGGCUCCGCAAAACAACAACAUAAAAUUCCAACUAGCUGCGAACUACGACGAGCAUAAACCAACGACGACCAACGGGUUUCACUUCCCCAAUCAGUUUGACCUAGACUUCCUUAGCCUUUAUGAAUAAAAAAUAUGAAUUUUUUUAGACACGGCGAACACAUUGAGGUGUAAUCAAUGAGGAAUAAUCUAAACGAUUUUUUUAACAGAAAUCUUUUAGCAGCCGACGUCUUUUUUUUUUUUGUAAACGUAUAGCUCGAAACUUCUCGAAUUUAAAAUGAUCAGAGUAGAAUCUUCGACGUAAUUUCCAUAUCGAAAGUGUUGAAGUGGAGAAAUAAAAUAACUUUAGAUAAGAACUCGUUAAAAUAUGCUAUUUUGCUAACUGUUUUCUUAAAAUAAAUGAAUAAAUAGAUGAACAGAUGAAUGGAUAAAUUAUAAAUGAUUAAAUAAAUAACAAGACACACACACACACACCAAAACACGAUGCAAAAACAUUUUAUUUCUUGCCAUAGAUCUGAUCACGGUCAAUCAAAUCCUUAUUUACACAGGUGACAAUCCCAUCUUGUCAGAUGUUAAGAGCCAUAUCAUCAGUGGUAAGUCUAGAAUCUAAUUUAUUUUGUGUUCUUUAUAAGCUGGACAUGACACAUUAUUUCGUUCGUGUUACGAAAGAAAAAAUAGUACGUCUGUUAUGGCGGUCAUGUUGAAUAGAUCUAUUUCGUCUCGUUACUCUUUGAUGUGUUAAGCGAAGUUAAGACUAUGGCUAGACGAAACAAAACUCUUAUUAAUAUCUCUUGAAUAGAAAUGUCCCCUAGUGGGCUCUCUCAAAAAAAGAUGUUCCUCUUUGUCGAAACUCUACAGGUGGUCUUUUUUCGGGUAUGUUUAAAAUCUUAUCCAGUCCAUUCAGUGAUUACUCGCGCUCGCAGACAACUACUAUUUCUUAUUUUUUGAGCGUCGUGUAUUAAAGGAGUUACUACAUGCAAAAGUUUUGAUAUUUCAAUCAAUUCGUUUUGAAUAAUUCCAAAAUUUCAAAGGGAAGAGCGUUUAGACAUUAACCUCCAACUUUGGUUAUAAAAUUUGUACUAGUUCGAUGUUUCGGUGAAGGCGGUAAAAAAGGAAAGUUAAAUUUUCCUAACAGCGACAUUGCAUUCAGACACCCAACAACAUGAAUCAUAAUGAACCUCGGGACGUAGAAAAGUCAACACAUUUAACCCUUUACACCCUAACAUCAGUAUUUUUAUUCUCCAUACUGUUCUCUGUACAUUUACUAAGGUGCUGACAAAGAGAAUUUGUCCAAUAAUCAAGAGUUUCCUUAGUUGGUGAUCAUUUCCUUUAUUCUCAUGACAUCAAUGUGUGAUUCAGUGGUGAUAUUGUAAGGAGAAUUUUGAUGCUAGUCACUCUAAGGGGUUAAAGGGUUAAACACAAUAGGUGACAAACUCGGAAACUAUGUACAAAAGCAAAGUGACCGGAAUAAGGAAAUAACGAAACUACAGCUCAAGUGAUUAUAAAUAUUUUGCUGAAAAUAAAAAUAAUAAUAAUUACUUACGACUACAAAAGAAAAAAAAGCUCAACUAACAACAAUGAAAACGAAUGUCCCAGAAGCACAAACAAAAUGACACAAAUUAGGGGAUAUGACGCAAAUUUUCGUAACUGUGGUUGGCGUCUCUAUUCCUCUAGUGGGUGUAACCCAAAAGGCCCUUUCACUCCUAAGAUCUCAUCAGUAAUUCUCCUUACUGUCUGCCAUACAAUUCUUAUGAUGUUAGUUCUGAGGAUUUGCUAUUGAAUCAAUUAAUAAUCCCCUGACUGAUAUUUUUCUUUAUUCUCAUCGCUUGUCUGUUUGAUACUGCGUUGAUUUGGUAAGGAGAAAUCUUUUCUUGGUCACUUAUGGGAGUUGAAGGGUUAAGAGAAUUUUCUUGGGCUAUGAUUCCUCAUAUUCGGGAAUGGAACUGAUAUUAGUUCUGUCCUUGACAGGUGGCGGAUCUACCUUUCUGGACGUAGAUAUCCUCAGUAAUUACUCCAAGAUUCUUACCAAGGAAUUACACGAAUUAACUUUACGUCACGAUCAGGUCCUUAAAGACAACAAUGAACUUAAGAAAAAGCUCGAGGAGGCCUUCAUGGAACAAAACCGGUUGCAACGCAGAAUAAACUGUUUGGAAAAACAGGUCUCGGCCACUGAGGACGCUUUGGCCAACGAGGCUCAAUCGACUGCUAACAAGACGGGCGAGAAUCUCCUGCAGCGGUUCGAGGCGGUCCAACGUGAGGGGCGAACAAAUCAGUUUAUCAUCCAGCUUCAAAUGAAGUUGCUAACAGCGCACGAGGAAAAUGAAACGCUGAGAAAGCAACUGGAUGAAUUUGGAAAGCGAGAAGAUGAAGUGUUGAAGCAAUUGAGUAAAGUCAACGAAGAUUACGCUAUUGAACGGAAGGAGACAAACAAGUUGUCGCAACAACUACGAUCACAGACAGAGGAGAUGAAGAUAUGCGAAACACUGAAAAUGAAACUGCGCGAAGUGCAGUUCGAGAAUGCAAAGUUACGAUGUGAGCUGCAGGAUAAAGAGAACGAUCUUAACGAGGUACAACGGUGGACAGAAGCUCUGAAGGCUCGAUUUGAUUUAAUAGUAGCCGAGAAAGAAGAAAUGCUGAAAAACCAGAAAACCGUGCAUAGCGAGUGCUCGCGGAUGCACGAUGAGGUUUCUGACCUUAGAAUCAAACUCAACCAUAAAGAACGUGUUUUGGUGGAACUAAGACAAAACUGCAAAGAGGUUGAAGAUAGUGCCAAAAUUUAUAGAGAGGAACGCGAUUUUUUCUCUAAAUCCGCGACAGACUCCGCCAUAGAGGUAGACCAGAUUAGGAAAGAGGUGGAAGAAAUCAACCAGCGACAUAAAAAAGCAUUGGAGUCUAAAGAAUUGAGUCUCAGACAGCAGACCGAAUAUGUACGACAGUUUGAGAAGAAAUACGACGAAACCAAAGAGGAGCUUGUUUCUGUGAAGACAAUGUUGAAUAAAGAGAAAGCAGAUAAUGAGGAAUUGAGGGAGAGGAUCUCUACUUUGGAGACAGAGUUGUCGAAAAAGGUAUUAUGACUAGAAUGUUUACGAGCUGUAAAGAUUUUAAUGAUAUUAAGUAGUGUGUGCUGUAUACAUUUCGUAUAUGAAAUGCAGACAUUAUCCACGAAAUAGUACAAGUAACUUUGGGUUUCACGAAAGAAGCCUAAAAGCAGACUAGGAACUCAAUAGGUUUUGAACCUGUAUGCUGCUGUGUGAAAGUCAAUGAUCAGCUCAUUUCUUCCUUUUAACCCUUUACAUCCUGAUAUCGGUAUGCAUAAUCUCCAUACUGUUCUCUAUACAUUCCGAAGGUGCUGACAAGGAAAAUUUGUUUAACAAUCACUUCUUUAGUUAGUGAUCAUUUCCUUUAUCCUCAUGACCUAAAUGUUUGAUUCAGGGGGGAUAUUGUAAGAAGAAAUUAGAUGCUAGACACUCUAAGGGGCAAAGGGUUAAAGCGAUCAAAUUCAGAAUAAUUUAUAUUAUUAUAUGAAAAAAUUAAAUUAAUUUUAUCCUACGCGAAAAAGAAAUGACUUCGGGGAGGAGUCUAAAUAAUUUACACGUCGUUAAGAGCAAAAUGGUUAAAGCUUGACAUUUCGUUCAGCUCAACUUCGGCCGUCUCUUUCGUUUCCACCAUCGAAAAGGAUCAUGGAGCGGUUUUAUUCUCUUUAGAUGUCUAAACGCCAAGAUCUAUAUGUAUAGAUCAAACACAUUGCAACCUACAGUCCUUCAUUUCUCAACGAAAAUUGCCUUAUACUCUGAACCUGAUUUUGUGUUGCGUUUGAUUAUUUAUCCUCUUCUUAUAAGGAAUUAACCUCCAAGCCUUAUAUGGAAGAGGAGGAUCACCAGGAUGUAAGCCAAAUACAAGACGCGCAUGAGCAUGAACCGAGUGGAAAUGGGGACGACGAGGUCUUCACCGGCAUCGACUGGAGAAAAGCGCGCGCACCCAGAGAGCUGGUGGGGAGUAUUCAAAGGCGAUUCCAACAUGACAACAGGGCUCCACGGCCCACGAACAAAGCCAUUCGGAAAAGUAACAGCUUUGACGAGAAACUGGCCAAACUCGUGCCUGAAUUUGAAAGCCUACCACUGAAAACUAGAGAAGAUUGCAGCCUUGAUCGUUAUAGAAUGAAGCAAAUCCUGCCUUUUGCACAGAUAGCGACAAUGUGUCCGCCAAUGACAAGCGUCGGCGACAAGUUUCCGGACGCGCUGAACGCCGCGAUUACCUGCUCCACCGAUGUUCGUAAGCUUGGAUAUCGCAAGAUGUCUGCCCCUGUAGUAGGCACAGAUCUUUUCUCACUUCAUCUUCAAGAUUCAAAUCUAGCGGAAGAAGAACGCAAUGAGGGAGAUGACGAGCAAAGCAACACAUUUCCGAGCGAAGAAAGUAAGAAUGGCUCGCCAAGUAAGCAAUUCCGCUCACGAACACGGGCUAUCAGACUUACUGAAGGCGAGCGACGCAAUCGUCGUCUCACGGAACCAAUCAUGUACCAGACGAGGGCGGAUAAUAUGUAACAUAAAGAACUUUUCCAUGUAGCGAUCAGAAACAAUCGUCACACUCAGUUUGACAGUGGGAAGUCUGGGUAAAAGACUAAACACGCAUUUGACACUCGAAAGACUAAGAACAUCUUUCACGCAUUUCACAGAAAUCCAAUGAGCGUGCGCAUACAUAAAUAUAUGUAUGUAUAUUUCGUUUGCAUAUUUAGUUACAUGAACUAACUACAUUUUGUAACACUGAUGUUUUUAACAUAUUUACCUUUUAGCGGUGCGUAGUUUAAAGUUUUUUUCUAGCAUGUCAGUCUGUUAACAUCGGUUAAGGAGACACUUGAAAACCGAAGAGACUAAAGGAAUAUCGAAUUUCCUGGUGGUCAAAUCAAAGCAAUGCAUUACAAUUCGCCCGCUU